AUGUCCAUACCGAGGUUCUUCUCAGCACCUCCUCUACAUCAUCUGGCCUACGAGUUUUUCGACAACCCUUGUCUCAGAGUCCCUAUUUACAUCUCUCUUCCUCCUCAUCCUCAAGCGUUGAGUCGCCUGCGCACUGAUCGCCGUCUCUGGUACAGCCUCGAUGAAGACAUGCAGUCUCUGAAGGUGUAUCGGUCGGAGAAAGAAGCCAGUCUGGGGAGCAGCAACGCCUUGGAAAGGAUCAAUCUGAAGGACUUAGUCAUUCGAAUGGACGACCCGGAGUUAAACCAGUUCAUUUUAAUUUGCCAGGGCAACCUCGUCCAGAGUCUCUACCUUAUUAGUCUUGCUAAUUCCAGCUUCGGAUUGUCAAUUUCGUCGAUUUCCGGACUGGACAUGAGUGCUCGUCCGUUGUCAGGACAUGAAGAAAGAGGACGCGAUCUUUUGCCUAUUCGCCUCAAAGUCUUCUCUCAUCUAAAGCGGCUUGCAGUCUCGGCUAAGUUCAACCCGCAUUGCCGCCUCCAACGGGACUCGAACCCGGGAUGUAUGAAAGAUAAUUUUUUUCCCAUCUUUCUUGGUUCCAGGAAUAGGCAACCUAUUCAGCAUACCCGGUGGGCUCUCAUUUUAUACAGCCUGGGCGGAGCUGUAGGUCGACUUAGUGGCGACUUAAGACCUUUACAACACUGA